AUGGAGAGGUAGGGGAAACGCAGCCUGUGGUUUCCCCCACUUCCAGCAAACAGCGGUUCAGGAAGACCCAGUGCUUUUGGCCAGUUAAAAAGAUAGCACAAGAGUAAAGCUGGUAAGAAAAAGUUGGCAGUUCUAAUGCCCCUGAGACUUCUUAGUCUCUCACAUACACAUGGCUUGCUGUUUUCAUGUGGUGUGAUCCCACGUGGCUGCAGUGUAUCUGUGAGGAAUGGAGAACCUCAGUGGCCAUUAACCCCAGCCAGCAUUGCUGAAGAUCAGAGAUGAUGGGAACUGGAGACCACCAACAUCUGGAGGGUCACAGGUCUCCCAAUCCCCGGAAGAUAUAGAUGCUGCAGUCAAAUGGCUGGGCUGAUCUGUGGACAGCUUUCACCCUCCUUCAAGGCCUUGUGGCAAUUGAGUGGGGGAGACCACCAGUGGGUUAGUAAAAAAACAGAUGCAUCACCUACUGAAUGAUAGCCUGUUGUGCCACUAUUAAAAAAGCAUUGAGUUGUAUUCAAUACUAGUCCUACACAAAGUGGACCCACUUAAAAUUAUGGGCACAAGUUACUUGCGGAACAAACUGGGUUCAGACCUAUGUCAAGCUUUGCUCAUUCACAAUGAAGCUUAGGAAAGACUUCCUAACAGAAGGAGUUGCUUGAUAGGAGAAUAGACCUACUUUGGGAAGGGUCAUAGGCUCUUCUUUGGCGAACUUGUUUAGGCAGCAUCUGGGUGGGAAUCUUUAAGGGGUCUUUGACUUGGGAAAAUUCCUGUCAGGGAUCCAGCAUGUGAUAAGCUUUUUGCCACGAAUACUGGAGUGCCCAUAGGUUAGGGUGGAACAGGGUGGGUAGGUGGGUAGAACUGAGGGAAGGUGGUGGGAGGGGCUUAGCUGCAGGAUGCAGCCUCCCCCAGUUGACCUUGGGGGAGAGACCUAUUGGGGGAGGACAAACACUGCAUACACAGCAUGCAUCACAUCCCCCCACCAUUGUUAUGGCUGCUGGGAAUUAGUUGCUCUGUGAGGAGUCAACUGGAAUUGCCAGGAUCCUUUGGAGAUGUGUGUUUUAAAUGUAUGGCAUGUACACAGCCCAAGGGAGCUAGAUUCUCUUCUAACAUAACAAGGAUAAUGACAAUAAUAAUAAUAAUGGUUUUAUUAUUUGUAUCCCACCCAUCUGAUUUGCCUAUCUUUGUCACCCAGCUCAAGCAUGAUAUCUCCUCUGUUAUCUUAUUUCUACACCCUGUUUGCUCAUCCUCCCUGACUUCCUCUUUUUGGUCUGCUGCUAGACCAACCAGAACAGAGAUUUCCUCCCCAAUAGCACACUUCGUUUGGUGUUUCUUCUACAGUUGCUAUUAUUUUUGCCUUUUCUGCUUUUUCCUUGCCCAUUUGGGGAAGGAAGGUUUGCUGGAAGGCAAACAGCAUCUCCUGGUGCAGAGGGAGUGGGAACAACUGGGCAAACAGCUCUGUGCCCCCCAGCUGCAUCUCCAUCUCUCUCUGAGAGGGAAAGGCACACCUUGAGCCACCCUGGAUCCCCGCAUCAAAGAGCCGCUCCUCUGCAGGGAGCCUAGAGAAUAUUAUCAAAGCUUGAAGGAGAAAGAUGCUCAGCAGGCGGAGAAUGAAUAUUACAGGUAAAAUUUCUGCCUCUCUUAAGACAGCUCUGCUAAUUUCAUCCCCCCUUUUCCCCUUCUUAUGCCUAGAGGUACACCUUUCUUGCUUAUAACUCUUUCCCCUUAAAUCCCACUUUCCUGGAAUACUUUUGGCUUAAGCUGCUAGUCCUCAUCCUGCACCAGAUCCACACCAUACUUUUAAAGCAUAUCUAACGCAUGUUUAAAGCACAUGGCUCACCCUCCCCCAAAGAAUCCUGGGUGCUGUAGUUUGUAAGGGUGUUGGGAAUUGUGCCUCUGUGGAGGGAAAACUACAGGUCCCAGGAUUCUUGGUGGUGGUGGCUAGGAGGCUGACAGUUUAGCUUACGGUUCCUGUACAAAACAUCAUGUACUUUGAUAAUGUGUUGUUUGUGUUUCUGUGACCCAGGAGUGGGAGAAAACAUUUUCAGCCUGAGGCAAGGCAUUCAGUUCUGGCAAGGGUUACAUGCCAGCAAUGGCCAGAUUUGCCAGAGGGGAAAGCGGGUGAAGUAACACAUGUAAAGCAAGAAGCAUGAUAAUAUUGCAGAUAUUAAUAUUGUGCAGCUUGAAGCAAUUGGAUGCAUUAAAACUAACUCCUCUUGGAAUAAAACUCUGCCCAGACCCAUAAGUAUUGUUCAAAGCUUUACUAACCAGAUCUUCUUUCAAAACAGGUACAAAAACAUUAAUGAUACAUCCAAAACAAUUCCUUACAGUCAUGUGCAUGUCCCAACACAGGUUGGGCUUCUUAUAAAAUAUGAAACCAAGGGUCUGUCUCUCCCACAACCUCCAUUACAGCCUGGAGUUGUUUUCCCUUUAGGAGAGACCUCAUUAUCACAUCCUUUGUUAUUGGCUGCUUGAGAAACAACUCACACAAAACAGAGACCCCCGCAGAUUAACAUAUGCAUAAAAGAUCAGUCUGUCUCUUUCAUGUGAUCUAAGUCAGUCACGAGACAAACCAGAAGACAUCAACAGUUAAUCAUCAACCUGCUAGAGAGCAGAAAGCUCCUGUUGCUCUUCUUUAGUUUUGGAAAUUUCCAGUUCAACCCUUAGUAAUAUACAUACAGGCAUUCACCAUUUCAGUGUCAAUUAAACAAGUAUACUUAACACAUAAGAGUUCAAGGACACAUUUCAGCCAAGAAAAAGCACUAAAAGAGGGUGUGGAUUAGGAGCGGUGCGAGGCCUGGAGAAAGUUCAGGGGGCCAUACAGAGAGACUUGGAGGGUUGGAUUCAGCCUGCAUGGAGGGCAGGUGCAUGGAGUUUAGGAUGAUAAGAUGGAGCUGCAAAAGAGGAAGGCUCCACUCAAUGAUAGAACCAGUACCUGGCAACCCUGGGCAAGUUGCUAGGAGCCUGACAGCCUGGCAGGGGCAUGCUGCCAAUGGCUGCCUUGGCCACCCAAUUUUGACCUAUUCCAGCCAGGCUCUUCCUAUGUUCCACCAAACUCAUAAAAAUACAGGAACCCUCUUGCCAUCAACAUCCGUGAUGGACCACAUUGGUCAUUCCAUAAUUGUUCUCUUCUCUCUCCCUUUCCUUUCCAGGACUCUUAAAAACCAUCGGCUCUUCCUUGCCACCUUCGCUGCUGUGCUUGGGAACUUUAGUUUUGGUUUUGCUUUAGUCUACACCUCCCCGGUCAUCCCUGCUUUGGAAAAAUCUCUGGUCCGCAACUUAAGACUAACAGAGGCAACGGCAUCCUGGUUUGGGGUAAGAGUGGCCAGCCAGCAGGAAAGGCGGGAGAAAUAGACCUGAGAGGUGCAUGCCAUCGGUUGGAUUGCAGUGUUCCCAAGGGGUGCCAGGUCUCAAAAUAUGACCCAAAGCUGCAGGGUUUUAGCCUCUUUCUCUGGGUCUCCAUGGGAAAUAUUAAAAUCUAAGACUGAUGGGGUGGUCUAGUUUCUGCUUGGGAACUUUUGCUGCUAGCCAGGCUGGUCCACCUAUGAAGCAGGAUCCACAAGGGUGGAAGGACCCAGAGGGGAAACAGAUCUACCCUCCAAUAAAUUUAUCGCUUCUACCCAGUGGCAGAAGCGACAGCUGCAGCAUGCUUCUUGGAGGCCAGAUCUGCCACUUCCUUGGCAGCACCCCCAUGCCACUUCUACAGCGGCCUUUUGCUAAACAGGAAGUGCUGCUAGUCUCCUCCCAUCCUUGUUCCCAAAGAAUGUCCUUAUCCCCACCACCACCAUCCCCCUUGUUCCUGAUGUAGAUCUUCACUCACUCCUUCCCUGGUUAUAGUGAUGGGGUGUGUGUGCCUUUUUGUGGUUUGGCUCAAGUGCCAAAAUGUAUAGGACCAGCCCUGCUGCUAGCACCCAUUCCAUGUUGACCAAGCCCCACCCCAUCCUGUUAGGCUCCACCCCCUGGUCUAUAUGGCAUCAUGUGAGCCUUAGGAGACCCAGCAGCCCUGGGCUCAACCAAAAGAUUGUUGGCCCCCAGAAUCUGCUUCAACCUUUGCAAUGGAAGAACACAAGCUGAGUGAGGGGCUGAGGCUGAAGCAAGGAUAUGACUUCUAUUUCUGGGCAAGUUGCUGUAUCUUGGAUUAGUUGACUCUACCUCGCUUGCAGGGUUGUUGAGAGGACAUGAUUGCAUUUUUCAAAUCCCUAAGGGCACAAAACAGUUCUCUGCUGCUCCAGAGGGCAGAAGUGGAUCUCAUAGGCUUCAGGUACAGGAGGGUAGGUUUAGAUGGAACGUUAGGAAAAUUAUAUUGUCAGUAAGAGAGGUUUAGCAACAAACCAAUUACCAAGAGUAGGAGUAGACUCCUCUGCUUUGGAAGUCUUCAACUGGAACCUGAUGAGCCCUGGAGAUGUUCUUGCUCUUAAGUUUUCUUCUAUGACCUCGUGGCUGGAUUAGCAUAGGGGUGGGGAACUUUUUUUCAAAAACCUACACUGGCUCCCAGUACAUUUCCAAGCACAAUUCAAAGUCUUGGUGCUGACCUUUAAAGCCCUAAAUGGCCGCGGUCCAGUAUAACUGAAAGAGCAUCUCCACCCCCAUCGUUCUACCCGGACACUGAGGUCCACUGAGGGCCUUCUGACGGUUCCCUCACUGCGGGAAGCCAAGUUACAGGGAACCAGGCAGAGGGCCUUCUUGGUAGUGGCACCUGCCCUGUGGAACGCCCUCCCACCAGAUGUCAAAAAGAAAAACAACUACCAGACUUUUAGAAGACAUCUGAAGGCAGCCCUGUUUAGGGAAGCUUUUAAUGUUUAAUAGACUAUUGUAUUUUAAUAUUCUGUUGGAAGCCACCCAGAGUGGCCAGUCAGAUGUGCAGGGUAUAAAUAAUAAUAAUAAUAAUAAUAAUAAUAAUAAUUACAGUAUUAUAAAGCAAGGGCCACAUUCCCCCCUGGAUAAAUUUCCAAGGGCUGCAUAGCAGUUGUGGGAGGGGCUAGAGGCAAAAGUGGGUGGAACUACAAUGCAAAUGCUAUUAUUAAUAACUACACGACUUUUAGAAGACAUCUGAAUAAUAAUAAUAAUAAUAAAUUUUAUUUAUAUCCCGCCCUCCCCAGCCGAAGCCGGGCUCAGGGCGGCUAACAACAAUAAAACAGUACAAAAGUACAGCAUAAACAACAUUCUAAAAUCAUUCAUUAUAAAAUUAAUUAAUUCAAGCCACUGGCAACCAUUGGGCCAGAGCUCCACGAAGAUUGCCGAGGGAGGGAGUCAGGCUGUGCCCUGGCCAAAGGCCUGGUGGAACAGCUCUGUCUUGCAGGCCCUGCGGAAAGAUGUCAAGUCCCGCAGGGCCCUGGUCUCUUGUGACAGAGUGUUCCACCAGAUCGGAGCCACAGCCGAAAAGCCCUGGCUCUAGUUGAGGCCAGCCUAACUUCUCUGUGGCCUGGGACCUUCAAGAUGUUUUUAUUUGAAGACCGUAAGUUUCUCUGUGGGGCAUACCAGGAGAGGCGGUCCCGUAGGUACGAGGGUCCUAGGCCGUAUAGGGCUUUAAUAGUUAAAACCAGCACCUUAAACCUGAUCCUGUACUCCACCGGGAGCCAGUGCAGCUGGUAUAGCACCGGGUGAAUGUGAUCUCGUAGCGAGGACCCCGUAAGGAGUCUCGCUGCAGCAUUCUGCACCCGCUAGAGUUUCUGGGUCAGUCUCAAGGGCAGCCCCACGUAGAGCGAGUUACAAUAAUCCAGUCUGGAGGUGACCGUCGCGUGGAUCACAGUGGCUAGGUCAGGGCGAGAGAGGUAAGGAGCCAACUGCUUAGCUUGGCGGAGAUGGAAAAAUGCCGCCUUUGUUAUAGCUGCAAUCUGCGCCUCCAUGGAAAGGGAGGUGUCGAAGAUUACACCCAAACUCUUAACGGAUGGUGCUGGCACUAAUUGCGCCCCCGCAAGAGAUGGGAGUUGCCCCCCCAAUCCCAUAUUGCCCCGUCCCAGCCACAGGACCUCUGUCUUCGAAGGAUUUAGCUUCAACCAGCUCCCACGUAACCAUCCAGCCACAGCUUCCAAACAUCUGGUCAGUGUGUCUGGGGCCGAGUCAGGAUGGCCAUCCAUCAACAGAUAGAGUUGGGUGUCAUCGGCAUACUGAUGGCAACCCAGCCCAAAACUCCGAACAAGCUGGGCGAGGGGGCGCAUAAAGAUGUUGAAAAGCAUCAGGGAGAGUAUCGCACCCUGAGGUACUCCACACACCAAGGAGUGGCGCGAUGACAAUUCCCCCCCAAGCGCCACCCUCUGUCCCCGACCAGAGAGAAACGAGCGCAGCCAUUGAAGGACUGUGCCCUGGAUCCCCACGUCGGCAAGGCGGUGGUCCAGAAGUUCGUGAUCGACCAUGUCAAAAGCUGCUGACAGAUCUAGAAGAAUCAGCAGCCCCGACCCGCCUCGAAGGCAACCUGUAUAAGGAACCUUUUAAUGGUUGAUGUUUUUCUGCUGUUUUAUAUGUGUUGCAAGCCUCCCAGAGUGGGCGGGGUGAGUGAGUGAAUGAAUGAAUGAAUAUAUAUACCUGCAGGUCUCAGGGCAGUUACAACAGAAAACCACAAUGUGAAAACAGAGAAUAAAUAAUAAAAACAAAAACAAUCCAAUAAUCCCCUCCUCCCCAACACAUUUUAAAAAGACAGUGGAUGUCAGUCAGCCAAAGGUUUGGGUUAAAGAAGAAUGUUUUUGCCUGGUGCCUAAAGGUGUAUAAUGAAGGCACCAGAUGAACCUCCCUGGGGAGAGCAUUCCACACAUAGGGGGCCGCUGCCAAAAAGGCCUGUUCUCGUGUUGCCAUCUUCCGGAUCUCUCGUGGAGAAGGCACACAAAAAAGGGCCUCAGAAGAUGAUCUCAGGGUCCAAGUUGCUUCAUAUGGAAAGAAGCAAUUCCUUGAGGUAUUUUGCCUUCAUCCAGCUCAUUUCAACCACUCAAGGAGUGUGCAAAGCAGGCUGUGAGGGUUGUGGCCUGGGAAGAUUUUCCAGGGAUCCGAAUUAGAAGAUGGCCCAACUCUAGGAUUCUGCAAAAUUAAACAAGUGGAUUUUGCAGAGAUGAUUAGGCCUAAGAAUUUUAAUCUGGGGAGCGAUCUGCAAAUCCAUCAGAUUAGUCAACGGGUGCUAAUUUUAACCAGUAGGGCAGAGAGAUAAAUACAUCCACUGGGUGCUGCUGCUUUGGCUCCAGUGUGUCGCUCUAGCUGAGGAGGCUGUGUUAAAAGUGGCCUUCCUGUCUGACAAUGUGGGAGUUUUUUGUUGAUUAAACCAUAAUGUCACAUGUUUCCCUUUUUUCUCUUAACAUCGCCUACACUGAGGCUUUAACAAUAUGCAAAUAUACUUAAAUUUAGUUGAUGGGUGGGUUUAAGAGGCAUGUCAGCUCUGCCUAUUUUCCACAACCUAUCCCAGCCCCCCUAGCCUGUAAUCUUCAUUCUAGUGAGAGUAAUUGUUCAGGUGUCAUUACUGACUCCAAAGACAAACAUAACUUUAAUGAACAGACUAUACAACCCACUAGACUUGCUUGUGAUGCUUCCUUCCUGGGCAAAAUACUCAUAGUUCUAUAUAGGACACUCUGUUCACGCUGAGAGCUGGAAGGGACCACUGGCAGAGGAAGAGGGGGGCAGGGGGAGCGUACCACCCCCGGCAGCAUGAUCCUGGUGGGGCACCAUCACAGCUGCCCCUCUGCUAGCGCUGGGCACCACGACCCCGCAGGCGGUGUGCCAUGCCUCCAGGAUGCGCGCCAGCCACGCCCACACCUGAUCUCUGCCACUGGAAGGGACCACAAGGGUCAUCUAGUCCAACCCCCUGCAAUGUAGCUAAAGAAUCCCCAACUGAUGGCCACCUGGCAUUUGUUCAGAAAUCUCCAAUGAAGGAGAGUCCAUCACCUUCUGAGAGAGUCCAUUCCACUGUUCUCAAACAGCUCUUACUGUCAGAAAUGUCUUCCUUAUGUUUAGUCGGAAUCUUCUUUUUAAUCAUUUGAAUUUAUUGGUUCAGAUCCUGCCCUCUGGAGCAACAGAAAACAAGAGGCUCCAUCUUCCAUGUGACAGCACUUCGGCCAUUAUAUUAGGGUUGCCAUAUUUCGGAUGCAAUUCAAACACAAAAGUUGUUGAGGUGUUUUUUCCCCAAAAUCUCAGACAACCAAUACCGUCAUAUUCUGUUUGCCAGGUGUAUGGCAGCCCUACCUUAUAUUAGCUCCCAGAAUGCUCUUCUCCAUGCUAUACAUACCCAGCUCCCUCAAGUCUUUCCUUCAUCAUGGAAAAUUUAUUUCCCCCCCAGGCCAGAUUUCUCAGGGUGCUGAAUUCAAAGCCUACUAGUUGCACUCCUAUUUCUAUGGUUUCAGGCCACCAUCAUGAUCAUAUUUGUUUCCUAACAUAUUGCCCCUGUUUCUUUGUGUGUCUGGCAGUCUGUGUUCACCCUUGGAGUCGCAGCAGGUGGUUUGGGCACCAUGUAUUUCAACGACUACCUGGGCCGCAAGCUGAGCAUCAUGUUCUCUGCUGUUCCAUCUGUCAUCGGAUAUCUCUUUAUGACCAGUGCCCAAGGGACCUGGAUGCUGCUAGUGGGCAGGCUGUUAACAGGAUUUGCUGGGGGAGUGACUUCUGCUUCCAUCCCAGUAAGUCAACAGUGUUCUUUUCCUUGAGGUUCAAUCUCAUUCCAGCAAACUCAAAUUGAGUACCAUACGUUGAAAGCACUUUGAGGCCACUUUAAACAGUCAUGGCUCCCUCCCAAAGAAUCCUGGGAAGUGUAGUUUGUUCAGGGUGCCAAGAGUCAUUAGGAGACUCCUGUUCACCUCCCAAAACCACCAUUCUGAGAGUGGUGUAAUAACCAGUCCCUCUUCCCAGAAAACAGCCAGGAAUUGCAAAGCCCACACUGGAACUUGGACGGGUCAUAGAGAUUUUCUUGCCUCUGCAGCUACUUUUGGGCAUGUGCCCAAGAGCCUGGAUGGUAAAGUGAUAAUUGUCUCUGCCACACACUUCCUUCCUCUUCCAUUUACUGGCUGAGCAAUAUUUAAAAUAGUGAAGUUGGAGGUAGUGGUGUCCUGAGUUGUAGUUCCCCCUUUCUGUCUCCUGAAAGGACCACAGGAAUAUUAGGGGAAGGACCAUAGUACAAUGGGAAAGCUUCUGCCUUGCGUACAGAAGGCCCCAGAUUUAACCCCUGGCAUCUUCAGGUAGGGCUGGGAAUAUCCCCAGUCUGAAACCUUGGAGAGCCACUAACAGAGUCAACAAUAGUGGAGCAGUGCGCCUGACUCAGUAGAAGGCAGCUUCCCAAGUUUUUCCAUUUAAACCAGACCAUUAUUCGGAACCAUAAGGGCUGGAAAGCUUAAUUUAAUUUUAGGGGAACAGUCGUAGCUCAGUGGUAGAGCAUCUGCUUUUUAUGUGGAAGGUCCCUGUCAUCUCCAGAUGGGGCUGGGAAAAUUUCCCCGCCUAAAAUCUUGGAAAGUCACUGCCAAUCAGUGUUGACAAUCAUGAGCUGUUUGAUUUUCAUACUAACCUACCUUUGUAGGGCCCUGAGUGCAACAGAGUUCUCUACACCUAUGAAUCCCAGCAACUGGAAUUCAGAGGCAUAUUGCAUCCGACAGUAUGUGGCAAGGAACAGGGGAGAAAUUAAGUUCUCAUUCAAAUGUAAACUUUUAAAAAAUGCAAUCCCCCACACAAUAUUUGAACCAAAACACAGCCAUUCUACAAAAUACCCACUCAUCUGGAUUUUGCACUACAGUUUUCCAGCCACGCAAUGUCUCAAAAAACGUAUGUGCUAAGGUAAAGUGCAUCAAUGCAUAUAUCAGUGAAAAUAAUCUACAGAAGUGCAAAACUGCUCAGAAAUAACACGUAGAGUAGGAGACAUUUGCACAAAAAAUGUUGAUGAAUUUUUUUCGAGGACAUGUUAUUUAUAAAAAAAAAUCACAGGCUGAUGUACAAACAUGGAUGACUGAUGUUAUGCUUGUUAAAACAAGAAACUGAGAGAAGCUGAAACUGAUAGAUUCAUCCAUCCCUAAUUGUGGCUACAUCCAUUAACUUAGGUCCAUUAAUUUCACUGGGUCUACUCUGUGCAAAGCCUACUUGGACACACACACCCCUGUUCUGCUGAUUAAAUUCUGGCAACUUACCUUCCUUUUCUGUCCCUCCAGGUGUACAUCUCUGAGAUCUCUCACCCUGGAGUCCGGGGAGCUUUGGGCUCCUGCCCUCAGAUCAUGGCUGUCUUGGGUGCCCUUUUCCUCUAUGCUUUAGGCAAGUAAUUGGAUGUGAACUGUGGAGGAACGGAUCAGCAUCAGACUAUUUGGCUUAAACGUAGGGCGGCUGGUGGUCCUUAGAUCAGUGGUGUCUUCAGACAGGAGAACUGGGCUUCAGAGAUGAUUGGAAUGCUUUGUUUGUUCUGGAAGGAUUAAGGUAUCCUUCUCCUCCCCCUGCCAGAGUCUUGCAUCCCCUCUUCCAAUACAUGGGCCUAGUCUUCUGGUUGGACAAGUAAGACCAGCUCAGGACCUCCCCAAAUUGCAGGGUUUCCAACCCAGUGACUCCUUGUUUAUUUGUUUGGAGAAACACUGGAAAUUUCACAAGCUAUUUAUCUGAUCUUUUGAAGUCAUUCUGCGUUUAACCCUUUCUCAGACCUUUGACACUGAGGUCCAGCUCCGAGGGUCUUCUGGUGGUUCCCUCACUGCGAGAAGCCAAGUUACAGGGAACCAGGCAGAGGGCCUUCUCGGUAGUGGCACCCGCCCUGUGGAACGCCCUCCCACCAGAUGUCAAAGAGAAGAACAACUACCAGACUUUUAGAAGACAUCUGAAGGCAGCCCUGUUUAGGGAAGCUUUUAAUGUUUAACAGACCACUGUAUUUUAAUACUUUGUUGGAAGCCGCCCAGAGUGGCUGGGGAAACCCAGCCAGAUGGGCGGGGUAUAAAUAAAUUAUGAUAUGAUGAUGAUGGCAGAAAUACACAUUGGUUAUCAGAGCUUAGCCAAUGUCUGGGGUGUGGGCUUCAGAUCAGUGGUAGAGCUUCUGCUUUGCAUGUAGAAAUGUCCUAGGUUUAAUAGCCAGCAGCUCCAGGUAGGGCUGUGAAAGACUCCAGAGGAGAGGAGAGUGCCCUGGAUCUUGGGUGCUGCUGGUGGGCUAUCCAUUGAGGCAUCAGGUUGGCAACUGUGAGAACAGUAUGCUGGACUAGAAGGGCCAUUGGCUUGAUCCAGCAGGCUCUUAUUCCUUGUCUGAAACUCUUGGAGAACUGCUGCCAGUCAGUACAGACAGUAAUGAGCUAGAUCAGCCUUUCUCAACCUGUGGGUCCCCAAAUGUUGUUGAACUACAACUCCCAUCACCCCUAGCUAGCAAGGCCAGAGCUCAGGGAUGAUGGGAGUUGUAGUCCAACAACAUCUGGGGACCCACAGGUUGAGAACCGCUGAGCUAGAUGGACCAAUGGGCUGACUCAACAUAAGGUGGUUUCUUAUAUUCCUGGAAAGGGCCAUAGCACCAUAACAGAGCAUCUGCUUUGCGUGCCAUGUUCAUUCCCCAGCUUCUCCAGUUAAGGCUGGGAGAGACCCGCAUCUGAAACCUUUCGAGGUCUGUUGUCAUCCAGUGCAGGCAUUACUGAGCUAGAUGAACCAAUGAUUGGAGUCACGAAAGCUACUUCCUGUUGGAAUCAGAUAGAUUUGAACCCUGGCCUCCCAGGUCGUAGUCCAACUCUCCAACCAUUGCACCACACUGGCUCUUCAGGUUACUCUUUCAGGGGCCAGGCAACCUUUUCUGUAAAUGUUCAGGUUGACAUUCAAGAGGCAAGGACUGUGUAACGCAAGAGCCAGGAAGUGCCCACGGAAGACCAAACACACUGGACAGGAUUGGGGAGCCGAUAAUGUCGCAGUCAGGCUCUUGGUUGCAAAACCUGAGAUCGAAACAACAGAUUGGGUAGAGAUAAUGCAGUCGCUCAGGGCGCCUGCCAAUUAACUCAGAACAUGUAAGGUUUUUGAAACAGCCUGGCUGGUAAAGGAAUGGAGAGAGAAAGGGGAUCCAGCAGUAAUGUUGUAGGCCUUCUCAAGAUGACAAAAAGGACUGGAAUUACUGUACAUUUAAGCUGUUGUGCCCAAAGCUGGGGCAGUCACCAUGGUAUCUUCCAGCUGAUAUUGGACUACAACAGGUAUGGGUAAUCUUUGGCCCUCCAGAUACUCAUGAACUAUAUCAGCCCCAGUCAGCAUGGCCAACAGCCAGGGAUGAUGGGAGCAGUAAUUCAGCAACAUCUGGAGGCCCAAAGGUUCCCCAAGUGUGGACUACACCAGCUCUGAACUUGGGGAGUAGAGGGGUAUGGUUGUUUAUUACUGUUGCAGCUUGUUGGAGACAGUCCUUCACUCACCUCUUGCUCUGUCCUCUUCCCACUGCAGGCCUCGUUGUUCCCUGGCGCUGGAUGGCAGUGGCUGGACAGGUGCCCGUCCUUCUCAUGAUCGUAUUGCUGUCUUUCAUGCCUGACUCACCUCGUUUUCUGGUCUCCAAGGGGAGGGAGGAUAAGGCCCUGGAUGCCCUGGUAUGGCUGAGAGGAGCAAAUGCAGAGUACUGGUGGGAAUACGAGCGAAUCAAGGAAAGCUUCAGUGAGCAGGUGUGCUAUGGAAGGAUGGGCGAACAUGUCAAUUUCAGUUCCUUUGUUCCAGUCGUAAAUUCAGUUCUCCACAUUUUCACAUCCUUUUGCAACUUACAGAAAAAAAAGCUCCUGUGAAAAUUUGUCAGCAUUUUUGUGUGAAUUUCUCUUACUGUACACAUUUUUUAAUGAGAUGUUGCCUAAUGUCCCCCCCCCCCAUUUUUUUUUGGAAAAGGCCACUUUUCUCUAAUUCAAUGCAUUUUUGAACCAAUUUUCACCCAUAUAUGCAUUUUUAUGGAUGCUUUGCCUAGCAUUUUCAUUUUUGUACACCUUACUUGGCUGAAGUGCAGCACUACAAAAUUUGGCAAAGUGUGAAUUUUGAAGGAGGGCUGUGUUUUAGUUUGUACAGUGGUACCUCAGUUUAAGAACAGUCCUGUUUACGAACUACUCCGCAAAACCGGAAGUAGUGUCCUGGUUUGCGAAAUUUACCUCGGUCUAAAAAUGGAAGCCAAACGGUGGAAGGGCACCAGCUGCAGGAGGCCACAUUAGGGAGAGAGCACCUCGGUUUAAGAACAGUUUCGGUUUAAGAACAGACUUCCAUAUAUAUAUAAUAUAUGUAAUAUAAAAACUGCCUCGCAGUUUGCAGUUAACUAGGAGAAGUCUAAAGUGGCAUCACCCCAAUUUUCUGAUCUCCUUCUGUACCCUCUGCUCCCAAAUUACACUCUUGUGUCUCAAAAGUAGGGCUGGAGGAGGAAUCUGCCUUUACUCAGAUUCUAAAUCUCACUUACCAUACUUUUCCGUGUAUAACACGCACCCAUGUAUAAGAUGCCCCCUAUUUUGGGGGACUAAAAAUUAAGAAAAUCCCAUGUCCCCACUAGGCACUACCCAUGUGUAAGACAACCCCCUAUUUUAAAACAUAAUUUUUCAGUAAAAAAACAUAGUCUUAUACAUGGAAAAGUACAGUACUUAAUCUAACCCAAGAGGAUUAUGACCAGGGGCAGGUCAGUGGCCCAUUUCAGAAUCUGCAGUCUGGCAGAUUCCUUUGCAAAGUGCCCUGGAGUUUUAAAGCUACAGUUACUUAACACUGUAGUCUGAGUAUUGCACACACACCCCAGGGGCGUCUUAGCCAUAGAGGCUAGUGGCACGGGGCGCCAUGGCACCAAGUUCUGGAGGGCGCCAGGGAAGAGGCGGAGGCUGGAUGCGGCGCCUCCAGGCAUCAGCUCGCCGCCCUCGCCCACCUCCGCCAUGCCGCGCCGCACCAGGAGCCUCCGCCCCGCCGGAGGAGCUGCCCUCCAGCCACUGCCUGCCCAGAAGGAAACGUGAGGGUGGGGGGCGGCAGAGGGAUCCUUGCACCAUGAUGCCAGAUAUGCUUAAGACGACCCUGGCUCCCCCGCACUGUCUUCCCCGCCUUUGAAGCUUUUGAAAUAGCCUGCCUAGCUGCCUAUUCUUGCUGGUGCUGGUGGGAAUUAUAGUUCAAAACAUCUAGAGGGCACCAGGUUGGCCAAGUCUAAAAUAUACCCCUGAAUGGAAAUAGUUUCCCACAGGAAUUCCUCCUCCGUUGAUCUGGAAGGCAACAAAUCCUGAAGUGCGAUGUGAAUCUGUCUUCUUCUUUAUGUGGAACAGGUGUGAGGAGCCAUUGACCCUUCAGGUGCUGCUGAACUACAACUCCCAGGGGAGAAUGGUACUUCAGCACUUUCUGGAAGGCCAAAGGCUCCCCACACAUACAGCAAUUGUCUAUCGAAAGGGAGAGCCAAGCAAAAGAGGAGGCAUCAUUCCAUUCCUUGGAGGCCAUUCCACGAAAUCUUGAUCUUGUUCCUGGGUGUGUGUGAAAUGGAUCUGUCUGAGCCGUUUGUAUCCAUAUUUCCUUAGAACAGACCAAUUUCUUGGAAAGAGAUCAAGCAGCCCUACAUCUGGAAACCGCUGGCUAUCACCUUGUUGAUGAGGUUCCUGCAGCAGCUCUCAGGGGUUACCCCCAUUCUUGUAUACUUGCAGGUGAUAUUUAACAGCACAGAGGUCAUAUUGGUAAGCUAGCCACUUAUCCGAAAUUCUCCUCAGGACCUGUCCCCACCCCCAUUCCACCCACUGCCUUCCUUUUUUGGCUUCCAUUGAAAUAUCCUGCGAACUCUCAUUUGUGAAGGGGCCUUCUAACAACAGUUCCCAGGAUGCUUUGGGGGAAGCCAUGACUGCUUAAAGUGGUAAGAGAGUGAUUUAAAUGUAUGGAGCAGAUGUAAUUUAGUCUUUAAAGCAUGCCUUCCAACGUUCCUCAGAUGAAAGGAGAGACAUUCUGUUCUACAUCAGUAUCACUGCCCAAGGGGAGGGUGUUUCCCCAUGUUUUUAUUAAAGUUUUCCAUUAUAAAGACAGCCCCUGCCCCGCAACUCCCCUGACGAUUGCCUAUGCUGAUGGGCUGAUGGGAGUUCUAAUUUAACAGCAUCGAGGGAAUCAAAUACCAAAUCAGCCCAGAGAAGUGAGGGCGCUGCUUGUUCACUGUGUGUUUCGUUUCUACCAUUGUGGCACAAUGGUUAGGGUGUUGGACCAGGACCUGGGAGACCAGGGUUUGAAUCCUGACUCAGCCAUGAAGCUGCUUGAGUGACCUUGCGCCAGUCACCAUCUCUCUGCCUAAUUUACCUCACAGGAUUUUUGUAAGGAUGAAUUGGGGAGGAGGGAAACGAUGUACACCACCUUGAGAAAAGGUGGCAUAUAGAGGUGAUAAAUAAAAUAAAAUACCUUUACAACCUGUACGUUCCCCACACCCCAGCACCAAACUAGACAUGAAGCUAAAUGUGGCAUUUGGAAUCACCAUAAAAAAUUGCUCCUCAUCCACAUCCACACAUGAUUAAGAAAAAAUAUUAUAUCAUUCUUAGUUUAUUAAAUUUGUUCUCGUAACAGAAAAAAAUAAAACACUCAUUUUCCUCAGGCUUACAACCUAAAGAGACACGAGAAAAAGGGGAAAUGGGUUGGGGGCGGGGGAGGAUUUAUUAUCAUGUCCAGUUUGGCCAGUUAUCUCCUGUUCGCUGUGUGCGUCUGUUUUAAGUAAAUGCUGACUCAGGGAAGAAGGAGCCUCAGACAUGCUAAAUGGUUUCUCCUUUUACCUUUGCAGGAGCCGCAAUAUGAUGCUGUUAUCGUGGGGGCCGUACGCUUAGCAUCGGUGGCAGUUGCCACCUUCUCAAUGGAUAAAGUCGGAAGGAAGGUUCUUCUAUAUAUCUCAGGUGCAGGUUUUGUCCACUCUUAUCACACCCCACCUGGUGCAUCUAUAGAUCUAUUUUGCAGAGUCAAAACCAGCUUUGGGGAAUUGUUUGGUUCAAUCUUUGGGGUGUGGGGGAGAGAGAGGGGGAGAGAGAAAGUAUUGAAUUGAAAGCACUGAACAUGUGGGGUGUGGGUGGGCAUUCUCUCCCCAUCACCCCCCAUACCGGAUACCCAAUACAGUAAAAUGUGCCGCUGGUGCUUUGCAACAUUUGCCUUUCCAACCUAGGCCACAUUCACACCACACAUUUAAACUACUAUGAUACCACUUUAAACAGUCAUGUUUUCCACACAAGAAUUCUGGGAGCUGUAGUUAAGGUAGUGAAAGCUUUUAAGGAAACCCCUUAUGGCCUUCACAGAGCUACAAUUCUGGAGUUCCUUCUGAAGAGAGAUUGGUCAUUAAACUACACUAGGGAUGGUAGUUGUAGUUCAGCAACAUCCAUGGGGUAGGCCAAAGUUCUCCUACCCCAAGCACUUUACGGGGGGGGGGGGGGACCCAGUAGGUUCUUAGCCACAGGGCUAUCUCCCUAGAAUGUCAGGAUCCAGAGACUGGGUGUGAAAUAAUGAGCAGGUUGAGGAAAUUCCCAGACAUAAAUAACCCUCACAUCUCACACUGCUGUUCUUCUUUUUUGACAGCCAUCAUUAUGCUUGCCUCAAACUUGACUUUGGGCUUCUACAUCCACUUCAUACCUCAAUAUUCCCAUAAUUCAGCAAUUAUGGUUAACAGUAGUAGCCACGAGGGCCUGGCUACCAGCUGGAUAAGUGGCCUCACCGUCAUCCCUCUGAUCGCCACCAUGGUCUUCAUUGUAGGUAUGUUAUUGUCAAGAACAGAAAGCCACCCAGAUACUCUCUGAAUGUUUUAAGCAGUAGCUUGAUGUGGCUUAUUAUUAUUGCAAAUUAAAUUUAUAUACCAUCCUUCAACUGAGGAUCACAGGGCAUUUAUAGUAUAAAAUUAUGCAAGGUGUGGAGAAUGUGGAAAGAGAGGGACUUUUCUCUUGUCUGUCAUAAUGCUGGAAUUCAUUGACAUCCAGUGAAGCCGAAUGUUGGAAGAUGCAGGACAGAUCAGAGAAAGUCCUUCUUCACACAGCACAUAGUUUAACUAUGGAAUUCACAAGAGGCAAUGAUGACCACCGGCUUGGAUGACUUUAAAAGAGUACUGUACAAAUUCAUGGAGGAAGAGGAGCCUGUCAAUGACUACCAGUCAUGAUGGAAGUGUAUUACCUCCAGUACCUGUCACUGGGGAACAUGAGUUGGGAGAAUGCUGUUGUGCUCAGAACCUGUUUAUUGGCUUCCCUUUGGCGUAUGUGGUUGGCCACUAUAACAACAGGAUACUGGAUUAGAUGGGCCUUUGCUCUGAGCCAGCAGGGCUCUCCUUAUGCCAAAGCUUCCCUACACCUGCUGUUCUAGAACAGAACUAAAUCAAAAUUGACAUUUAUAGCUGUUUUGGUUUGCCACACUAACAUGUUUGAGGAAGGACUAGUCAUUCAGCUUUGCCUGAGGUUUUUCAGAGGGGCUCCUCUUUCCUGUCUCUAGGUUAUGCCAUCGGUUGGGGCCCCAUCACCUGGCUGCUGAUGGCUGAGAUUCUCCCACUGAAGGCCCGAGGGACAGUGUCUGGGCUCUGUGUGCUUGUGAGCUGGUUGACUGCCUUUGUCUUGACAAAAGUCUUUCUGUUGGUUAAGGUAAGUAGAGGAAGAAGAGCAGGGUCGUCUUAGCCUUAGGUGCAAGGGGUGCGGGGCACUCAGGCGCCGGGCUCUCAGGGGCACCAGGCCAAGAGUCUGGGGCCGAGAUUUGGAGUCCGGGGAUUGGGAAGAGCCGACAGCUGCUGCCGAGCAGAGCAGAGCCCGUCAGAGCGCAGCAGCAGUUCUGCUGCGGGCAAGCGAGGUGCUGAGGCAGCCGGCUGACUCCACACUCCUGCGUGCCUGGGAUUGGCGGGCCGUCGAGAGGCCCGCCCAGAGCACGCUGAUCACACAAGGCGCCUGGCUUCACUCAGUCACUGCCACCUCGGGCUCUACUGUUGUGCUGGGCUCUGCUUGCCCUCCCCUCCCCCCCCCCCCGGCGCCUGGCCCCAGCCUUGCUCUGUCGCUGCCGCCACCACUGCCUCAGGCUCCUCUGUUGCUGCUGAGGUGGCCAGCCCAACCAGCUUUGCUGUGUGCACCUCGCUGGCCCGCCCUAAAAAAAUGUCAACAACUUUGGGGUCCCCCCCUAAAAAAGGUUGACUUGGGGGGGCGCGCCAGGCGGAUCUUUGCACCCCAGCGCCGCAUAUGAUUAAGACGGCCCUGAAUAAGAGACUUCAUACGUGUUGCGAGAUAUGCCACAGAAAGCGGCUGUGUACACACCCCCAUUCACCUUCAGUGCAGCCCCACCACAAUCUGUAUCUAUCGUGUCAUUUCUUAUGGAAUAUUAUGUUUUGAUGUGUUUUCCCCACAAACCCAGCUUCAGGUGAAACUGAGAAAAAGGACCUAGCAGCGUUUUAAGCUGGUAACAUUUACACAGCCCUAACCUGCUUUAACAGUCUGACCCCUGAUCCUGGGAACCUUCAGCACUCUUAACAAACUACAGUGGUACUUCAGGUUAAGUACUUAAUUCGUUCCGGAGGUCCGUUCUUAACCUGAAACUAUUCUUAACCUGAAGCACCACUUUAGCUAAUGGGGCCUCCUGCUGCUGCCGCGCCACCGGAGCACAAUUUCUGUUCUUACCCUGAAGCAAAGUUCUUAACCUGAAGCACUAUUUCUGGGUUAGCGGAGUCUGUAACCUGAAGCGUAUGUAAUCCGAGGUACCACUGUACAACCCACAGAAUCCUUUGGAGGAAACCAUGGCUGUUUAAAGUGGCAUCAUAGUGCCACCAUAGCGCAUAGUGGUGUGAAUGAAGCCAAAGUCUCAGUACCCUCACCAGGGUCUAGAGCAGGGUUGGGGAAAUUUUUUUUUUUUACCACAGGGGUCACAUAUGACUAGUGGGCAAGGCCACAGUCAAAAGUGGGAGGAGCAUCUAGGAAAUAGAUUUAAUGCAUAAAUAAGUACUUUUCACUCUGCCCCAUGUCCUCUUUCUCUGCUUGUCCAAAGGAUAAUUUCUUUUCCUUUUCCAGGCACAGUAUGGUCUGGAGGUUCCUUUCUUCUUCUUUGGGGCCAUCUGCAUAGUGAACCUUAUCUUCACGUUUUUCAUUCCCGAAACCAAAGGAAGGUCCUUGGAGCAGAUUGAAUCAUACUUCCGGACUGAGCAGAAAUAA